AUGCGAAUUGUGACAGUUUUUCCGUUUUUGAUACGUGAAUGCGUGUGCGUAAUUCAUUUGUUGUUGCAGGCGGCGGAUCAGUUCAGUUUGGAUGCAGCCCUAAAUGCGAUACGCGACCUAUUGACACCGGGAAUUCUCAGAGCCGCUCGAUUUUGGAACGAUACUGGUGAGGAGCAGGAGGACAAUGGGACAGAUGAUGAGGACGCGGAUGCUGAUGAUUACAGUUGGAAUACGGAGGAAGACGAAACGGAAGCAGUUGUGGAAGAGCGCGAACGUCGCCGUGGUCCGGAUGAUGAUGACGACGCUGCUGGUGGUGACGAAGCAUCAUCACAGGGAGCAGCCGGUGCUCCGGAUGCGCAUUAG